UAUAUAAUGUUCCUCAUCACACAAACAAGAGAGUUUUUAGUGAUCUUUCCAUUUCUUCUUUAUUCCUUUGUUCAUCGGAGUGAAAAAAACAAUGGGGUGGUGGGAUAAUUCAUAUCACAAAGCGAAGAAACUCCUCAUUUCACCCACCGUGAAACAACCCUUUCACUUGCUAGCAAUCCUCCUCCUCAGCCUAUGGCUUCCCCUUGCUUUCCUCCUCGUCGCCAGGCUAUCUUAUGUUAACUACACCUUAAACGCCACCGUGUUAGACCCUUCUUCUACACCUUCCCCACCAUCGUUCCUUUUCUCUUUCUACUUGUACACCAAUCCAGCUCUUCUUUAUUUCCUCGUUGCAGCUAUUAGCAUCGUGGCUCUGGUUCAUGGUUUGACUGGGAAAGUGAGCUUCGUAACUGAGUCACCGAGUGCUUUUCAUCGACCCUAUUUGCGUAUUGCAUGGAUUAUUUUAUGUAUAAUGCAAGUUUCCGUUGGGUUGGGGAUUGAAGGAAGCGUAGCGGUAGGUAUCAACGGUGCUGGGUUUGGGGUUCAAAGGAGUGUUUUAAGUAGAUUAAUAUUCUUCUUGGGUUUGCAUGAGGUGAUGCUUGUUUGGUUCCGAACGGUGGUAAAGCCGGCGGUGGAUGAUUCUAUCUUUGGUGAAGUUAGUGAAGAGAAAUGGGUUCAUAGGGCUGCUAUUGCUUUGAGCGUUGGCACCCUAUGGUGGUGGAAACUUAGAGAUGAAGUGGAGUCAUUAGUGGUGGUUGCAGAAGCUAAGAAGGAGCUGUCAAUGGAGAUUGAAAUGGCUGAUUUUCUUGGUUGGUGGCUAUAUUACUUGACUGUCACAAUUGGUAUGGUUAGAAUUGUUAAAGCACUUCUUUGGGUUGGUUUUGCGUUGCUUUUUAGAGGUGUAAGAAGGAACAUCGAUGAUGAGAUCAUCGCCAUGGAAGAGGAAGAUCAAGACAAGGUAUAAACAUAAAACUCGAGAUGAGAGAUUUGAAUUAAAUUUGUUAAAUUUCUUUUUCUUAAAAGGAUAAAUCAAUUGAAUUAAGACAAAGAUGUAAAGUUGAAGCUGUCUUGAUUCUCUUUUCUUUUUUUUUAUUUUCUUUUUCCCACCAAAUGUGGGUUUGUUUAUUGUUGUUGGAUCAAUGGUGACUUUCCUUUAAUAUGAAAAAGAAAAAUACAAAUUUUAUAA